AUGUCUCUGAACUGGAUGGUAAGGAUGACAUCAGACUUAGAAAGCAACAUUGUGGCCGUAGAAAGAGUUAAGGAAUAUUCUGAAACUGAAACUGAGGUCAGUUCCUAACAGUCUGAAUGAGAAGGCUUCCUUCUGGAAACAGUGUGUGCGCGCUGUAAUUCUUUCGCUACUGUGUGCUGUAAUUCUUUCUCUCCUCUAGGCUCCCUGGAUAAUUGAAGACAAAAGACCACCAGAAGACUGGCCCACUCGGGGCGAAGUGGAGUUUGCAAACUAUUCUGUAAGGUACAGGAAAGGCUUGGACUUGGUGCUGAAAGACCUCAGCCUCAAUGUGAAAGGUGGAGAAAAGGUACAAUCACAGUUGCCAUGGAUAGAAUCAAAUUAUAUGUGCAGUAACCUGAAUUUGCAUACUUUGUUUUCAGUUCAUUCGGUGCAUCUAUUGGAACAUACUGUAGCAAACUGCCUGGUACCGGGUCAGUUCAUCAAGCUCAGUACAGUGGUACCUUGGGUUACAUACGCUUCAGGUUAUAUAUGCUUCAGGUUACAGACUCCGCUAACCCAGAAAUAGUGCUAAAGUGGUGCUUCAGGUUAAGAACAGCUUCAGGUUAAGAACAGACCUCCAGAACGAAUUAAGUACUUAACCCGAGGUACCACUGUAUUGCUAACACAGAUUGGUAGGGGGGCUCUAGCAUUUUGGUCAGGAGCCUUUCCCAGCCUUACCCAGAAAUGCCAGAGACUGAAUUUGGGACCUUCUGCAUGCAAAGCAGUGUGUGUUCUGCCAUUUAGCUUUCACCCCAUCUCCACUGUAAGAAGGCACUGAGUGUUGCUUGGAGAAGCAGCAACUUCUGAAUUGCAUCUUCCUCAACUGACAGCUUCCUGUCCGCAGAAUCCCAUCUGCUCUGUGAUUUCCGCUUCUGUUUCCACCUCCAGUAACAACUUUCAUUGUCAAUGUUCACACAUGCCAUCAGCAUCCUUUCAGCUAUUACAAAUUAACUGGCCCUACACCAACCAGUGGGGAAAUGAAACAGAGCCACCUAGAUACAAGGUGGAGCCUCUAUAUACUUGCAGGGCACCCCAGGUAUGCAGAAGAACAUCACUUUGCAAGAAAGAAAGAAAGAAAGAAAGAAAGAAAGAAAGAAAGAAAGAAAGAAAAAGAUUGCAAAUGAACAAAGCCCCUCCUAUAGGAACAGAAAAUGUGGCACUUUAAAUUAGAAACCAUAGAUAAGGUGAACUCUAGUGCAUGGAAGCUUAUGCCAAAAUAAAUGCAUUGGUCUUUAAGGAGACAAAAGACUGUUGUUUUCACAUUCAGCAAGCAGUAAUUGUUUGAAAUGGAAAAGAAAUUGUAGAAGCUUAAGCAAUGAAAAAUGUGUGUGCAGAAAUAGAAAAUGUAUAAGGCUACAUUAAAGAAAAAGACCGGCUAGGUCAGUAACAGAAAGAAAGAAGAACAUCAAAACUUUUAAAGUAUUGGUUGCAAGGGAAACUAUAGGUAUAGAAAGGAGAAUUUCCUGGAUGCCAAGAUCCAGGUUUGGGGCAAGUGCUUUUUGGUGAAAGAACCCCAGCAGAGAUGUAAAUCACAAAAUAUGCAGCAAGGUAAAGCAUGGAAUAUAGGCUGUUAGACCUUGUGAGUUCUAAAACUUCCAAACCUGUUCCCAUAGCAUAGGAAAAGACUUACAUUUGGUAAGUUAAGAAUGGUUUACUUACAAUAGCUCCAAAUGUCAGAUUCAUGAGCAUUCCCAUACAGCAUUCAGAAAAAGUUGCACAGGCAGUAAAAGUUGUCAAAGUUCCUAAGUUAUUGGGAUGGGAACUCAAGCGUGUCUUAUAAGAGCCAUGAGGUCUGAGCUGGUUGCUGCACAUUGAGCUUCUCAGGUAGACUGAAGGGGGGGGGGAAUCUUGAUUACCUAGGGUCUCGCAAGGUGAGAUAAGCCUGGCAGGACAGAUGUAAACCCCUUCCAGCAUUAUUUGGGCUUAAGCAUGUUGGUUAUAUGAAGCUGCUUAUUCCACAAAAAGAAUAUUCAUGUAUCCUACCUCCCAAAAAAGGUGGCAACCAAAAGUAGCGGGAAGUGGGAAUUCAGGCACUAAUAUUAGGCCAAUACAAAAUUAGCUUAUUUGAAAAUAUAUUGCUAAACAAAAAAUGCCUAUAACAUCGUAGAAGGUUUGCACAGUGUAGUAAAGAGAAAGAAGAAAGUGUGUGGCUAGAGGACAGAGAGUGAAGAAAGAGCUGUGAGUAGAGGGGGACCCUUUCCCUUUUGUGGCAUAUACACUCUUCUGGCUGCCUUGCCCAGAGUGCUUCAGUCUUAAGCAAAGGCCCUUUCUCAGGGAGGAGGAAGAGAGCCCUGCAGAGUCCUUUAAUAGGCAGAGGCCUAACUAUCCCUUUAAUAAAUCUCUUGACUGAUAAGCAUACUUCUUCCCUAGAACAGAUUCAGUUGUAUAACAAGAAUCUUUUGAUUCUCUUCUAUUCAAAAAAAAUUCACCUACAUCAGGAUAGUGGUAAUUUUUGUUUUGUUUUUUAAGUGAAACACUGUAUCAUAAGAUAACUAAACACGUCCUGGUAUUUAACUGAACCUAAUUUUUCAAACACGUGAAUUAGGUUGGGAUUGUUGGAAGAACUGGGGCUGGCAAAUCGUCUAUGACCCUCUGCCUCUUCAGGAUCCUAGAAGCUGUGGAGGGGGAAAUCAAAAUCGAUGGGUUAAGAAUCUCAGAGCUUGGCCUUCAUGACUUACGAUCCAAGCUGACUAUAAUUCCUCAGGUAAGCUGACCUAUGCCCUGAGAGAUACACUAAAUAUAACUUAAUAUGGCAAACAAACCGGGCUUGUUAUGUUUUUGUAAAGUGAGACGGUUGCAAGGUAGGUCAGGCUGUGUAUCUAGGGCUAGUAGUUACACGAUUUGCUUUAUAAUAGUUGCUUUUGUGCCCCGGGACAGGAAUAAACAGGGAACCCAAGAGGAAGGAUUUGAAUGAGCUGUAAAAAUGGAACAACAUUAUAGCAAUUCCUGCUAAGGUCUAUUUUCAACUCAUGCAAGCUUUCUCUUGCUCUCUAUGUUUCAUAGGCAUACACAUCCCUCAGAAAAUGAAGAGAUUUCAUAUUUUCACAGCUGUAGCCUAGUACUCUUAGUUUUAUUUUCUUAGUCUGAUAUUUCCUGUUCUGAAAGCUUAUAGUGGGCAGCACAGCUAUAUCUUUCUGUAUACUCCAUCCCUGGUAAGUAGGUGGUUUUUUUGUAUCACUGGCCCAGCUUUAGCACCAAUGGUGCUAUAUUCUCAUCUUCAUGUAUUGUGAGGGAUUGGGUGUAGCCUUGCUUCUGGAAAAUAGACUUUCAUUCUUUGUUUUUGUCUUUUCCCACACUCCUUUAAAUGGUUGGGGAGAACUUAAAAGAAAGUUGUAACUCCGUGACAGAAUUUAAUCCCAUCAAAAUGGCACUGGUCAUGACACUCAUCAGAAUAACAUCAUGGAGGCCAUAAAGCAGCUUCUUACGGCACACUAGUGUACGGGGUGGGGGAUUGGGUCCCCACCCAUCCCGUGGGCCAUCAGUCACCUGAUGUGACAGUGACAUCAGGGGACCCAUUUGUCCUUUGCACAUGCACUUUGAUUUCAAACUAAGCAGGCAAAGACACAGUGCCAUGCAAGCACUGACUUCAGCUGUUGGUCACUGCUUGCAAAGCCAUGUGCCUUGGUAAACAUGGUCAAUCAGUUAAUCAGCAGUGCCUGCAAGCCACUUUUGGGCAGGAAGCAAGUCUUUACCUGCUCCACACCCAACAUCAUAUAUGGCAUCAGGUGUAGAGCAGGGGCAUGGCUUGGCUGAAAUAGCCUUGUAGGCCAAAUGGGGAGGUCUUGCAGGCCUAAUUAGGCCCAUGGUCCAGAGGCUUCCAACCACUGCACUAGUGCAAGCAACCACAAGUAAUUCACUUCUUAGGAUGGAAGCAUAUGUUAUAAGGAGCAUGCCUGUCACUGAAAAUUGUAGCUUCAUGUUGAAUUCCAUCCUCCCCUUCUUAAUAUGUAAUACAACUUACUUUGUGUCCUGGUGUUACUAUGGCCACAUUUGCACAUCAUGCUAAACCAUAGUUUACAAUGAAAGAGCCAAAUGUGCUGCAGUGAGCCCUUGGCUUUCACACUUUUCUCUGCCCACUGUGCAACUGGGAAGAGAAGUCUGGAAGCUUCCGCUUCCGCUUCUGCUUAACUCUGGUUUAUUGUUUUUUUCCAAAUGGACAAACCAGUUAAUCUUAACAAUGGUUUGUUUGUUUUUUAAAUUGGUUUGACAUGCUUUAAACAAACUACAGUCGUACCUUGGAUCCCGAACGCCUUGCAACUCGAAUGUUUUGUCUCCCGAACGCCGCAAAUCCAGAAGGCCAUGGGGUUUAAGUCUUGCUUAUAUGACUACCUUGUGUCCAUUCAACUGUAAAGCACUCACUGGGAGUCAAAACUGGUGCUGGGUAUAUCAUCACUUCCUAGUGUAAUGCAGACCACAGAAAUGAUUUCUUGUUCUAACUCACAUUAGUGAGUUGGAAUCUAUUCAAGCAAUACUUCAUUAUUUAUUUCUGUGUUCCUCAAUAGCUCAAGGUUGUUGUUUUUAUCUGUAUGCUGAUGGAAUUGUAUUCGUUUUGUUAAGGACCCUGUUCUUUUUUCUGGAACACUCCGACUGAAUUUGGAUCCAUUUGAUAGAUAUUCCGAGGAGGAAAUAUGGAAAGCUCUUGAACUGUCCAAUUUGAAGAGGUUUGUCAGCAGCCAGCCAGCCAUGCUGGAUUACGAAUGCUCGGAAGGAGGAGAAAACCUUAGGUAACUGAAAUCGGUUCAAGAAAUUGUUACCAUUAGAAACCUACAGCAAAAUGGUUUGCUACCUUUCUACCUCUUUCUAGCGGCCUUUCAUUUCAUUAUGAAGACCUUCCUUUAGGAAGGUUUUUUUGUUAAAUCUUUAAAGCUUUUUAGAAGUUGUUUUAAGUGUUUGGCUGGUUGCUCUUUCUUUAUGUUAUUUUAAUCUCUGCUGCUUUUAUGCUUUUGCAGUUUUUGUUAGUAUUUGAUGGUUUUAAUUUAUUGUUGCUAACCUCUUUGAGGAAAGGCGGAAUAAAGAAAUGAAAUAAAAGUUUAAUCUUCUUUUUCCAGUGUUGGCCAAAGGCAGCUUGUUUGCUUAGCAAGAGCUCUUCUCCGCAAAACCAAAAUCCUGGUUCUGGAUGAAGCUACCGCAGCAAUCGACCUUGAGACGGAUGAUCUCAUUCAGAUGACAAUAAGAACACAGUUUGAAGACUGUACUGUGCUGACAAUAGCACAUAGGCUGAAUACAAUUAUGGAUUACACCAGGUAACUAUGAAGGACAAGAGCAUAGCUCUGAGCUUAUGGCACGCUAAAAAUAAUCUGUAUGACUAUUCCUGACUUGCAUUUGCCCAUCUUAAACCAAGGAAACAGGUGAACCUAAUAUAGAGCCUGCAGUUAAUCCCACUAUCAGAUUUUUUAAAAAAGUGUUAAAAGCCUUUCAGCCUUUUUUGGGAACAUAUCUUUAAAGACCAAUUGGCUCUUUUAUACUGGAUCAGUUAAUUCAUAUCCACUGCCAGCCUUACAGAUGAUUUGUGGCAUCCAGUAGGAACAUGAAACCCAGGAUGUAUUGGUACCCACUUCUUUUCCUAGGGCAGAUAUGAUAUGGUUGUCCCAAGCCCUAGGUCAUUGAUGUAAUUGGGAGUCCAACAGCAUCUGGAGGGCCACAGGUUCCCUGCCCUGCCAGGUGGUCACUGGCUAGUGCUUCACUUCCUGGUCUAUUCUGAGACCCUCCCUAAGGAGGGACUUGGUUUCUUGUGAUGCUCCAAGCAACGUCCAUAGAAAUGUCAUGAGGAACGCUGUUCACAUCCUUAGAAUAGCUCUGGUGGCUGGAAAGAGUUCUACCACAGCUUCACAUGGCAGGCUGGAGUGCUUACUCAUCAGUAAUGUUGCUACUGUGCUUUGUAAAGAGCAGUGUGAACAUUCUGGGAGGAAAUGCAGGGAGAGGUCGCUUGCUUUUUCCCUUUCCCACCAGAAAGGACCUUGAAUGAGUCAAAGGUGGGAUUGCUUAUUUAGCCACUUACCCUAUGGUAACAGAUCAAAUUAACUCAUUAUCAAAUGGGUUUCAAUGGCAACAAAGAGGGACAAAAUAGGUAUAAGAAGGGAGGGUGGCAUAGGAAGAGCCAACAGACUCAGAAAAAUGGGGAUGCCCAUAUAGGAAACCCACUCCAAACUAUAGCAAGUGUGUUUUUCUCUGCAGCCAAGCCAUUAAUCAGCUAAUUUCUCUAGGCACAGAAAAGUCUUCUGAGGACACUACAGAGGAAACUAAAAUUCUGUGGCUGCAGCACUGCAAUUCAUAUGAAAGUUAACCUCUAACACAUCUAAUGGGCAGAGUGCUUUGCAUCUUUUCUGCUCACCCUCAUAACAGUGCCAUGACGCAAUUAGGGGUAUUUCAGUUUCCCAGGUGAGGAGCUAAAGCCAAGUGUUACUUGGCAAGUCUUAUGGCAGUGCCGGGACAUGAACUUAGGUUUCUCACAUUCAAAUUCAGUACAGUGGUACCUCGGGUUACAUAUGCUUCAGGUUACAGACUCCGCUAACCCAGAAAUAGUACCUCGGGUUAAGAACUUUGCUUCAGGAUGAGAACAGAAAUUGUGCUCCAGCGGCACGGCAGCAGCGGGAGGCCCCAUUAGCUAAAGUGGUGCUUCAGGUUAAGAACAGUUUCAGAUUAAGAACGGACCUCCGAAACGAAUUAAGUUCUUAACCCGAGGUACCAUUGUACUUGUCCCCUGUGAGCUGGCACAUUUUUGCUCUUUCUCUAGGGUUAUUUUUUUUAAGUAUGUAGAAUAAAAUCUUGAGGACCUAAAAAGGCUGGAUUCUCCAGUUAGUAGACCUUGUGACAACAGACAUUCCUGCCCCCUCCCCCUGCCGGUUGGGAUAAGCAAUUCUUGUUUAGAAACACAGUUUACUUUCCCUCUUGUUUUGCAGAGUCCUUGUUCUAGAAAAAGGAGCAAUUGCUGAAUUUGACACGCCUUCGCGUCUUAUAGCAUCCAAAGGAAUUUUCUAUGGCAUGGCAAAAGAUGCUGGAUUGGCAUAACAGGACAGCUGCUAUAUCUCACCAAAGGACUAGUUACUGGGGUUCUUUUUUAAAAAACCCACAAGCAAUACCUGAAUGUACUGUACUUUUCAAAACAGCAUUUUAAUUUUAUUUUUUUGCGAUACGGAAUCAAAAUGUUUCAUAUGCCUAUGAGAACCAGAAAAUUUAAUUUUUCUAUUUUUAAAAAUAUUUUCUACAUACAGAAGUAUUUUUUUUUACCUGACAUCUUACUGAAAAUGGAUGUGAGUGUGUGUAUGCAUAGCACUUAACUGUAUUUUUUUUAUCUUAUAUAGUCAAUUACAGCUAGCGAUACAAAAGCACUGGCAUUAUCCGUCCAUUCAUUUUUUGUUAAGUAAAAUGAAUCCAUGAAAUGCUGAGUUGUGGUGCUGUUUCCAGGAUUAAGUUGAUUUAAAAAAACAAAACAAAAGCUGUAGCCCACUUUUCAACAAUGUACCCCCAGCAGCAGUGUUUUAAAAAUCAGGCAAAAUGUGUGGGACUCCCCACCCCAGAAUAAAUACAGUGUACAUGAGGAAAUAUAUAUUUUAAAAGCCCACAUCUCCCAUUCAGCCUGGGGCGCUGCACACACAGAAGGGGACUUGCACAGCUUUAGCUGGGUGGUUCUUCUCUUCAAACAGUUGAGGCCCAGUGCGUGGAGCCCUUAUUUAAAAGCUAAAAUCUUGAUACCACUUCUGAAGCAGGAUUGGUUACUGGUUGGCUGGGCCAAAAGUUGUACUUCCAGACACAGGACUACCAGAAAUUUCUGGACUUAUUCCGAGGGCUGCUCCUCAUAAAGUACAGUAGUACAUGUAGUAGUAAGAUCAAAAAGUUACCAGGGCAUGUAGAAUAGGAGCAAAGUUCCUUUUAAAAAAUCUCUAAGGAAUGGGUAGGCAACCUAAGCCCCGGAGGCCGGAUCCGGCCCAAUCGCCUUCUAAAUCCAGCCCGUGGACGGUCCGGGAAUCAGCAUGUUUUUAAAUGAGUAGAAUGUGUGCUUUUAUUUAAAAUGCAUCUCUGGGUUAUUUGUGGGGCAUAGGAAUUCUUUCAUUAUUCUUUUUUUCAAAAUAUAGUCUGGCCCCCCACAAGGUCUGAGGGACAGUGGACCGGCCCCCUGCUGAAAAAGUUUGCUGACACCUGCCAAGGCAAAAUAUUCAUUCAGAAUUUUAACUUUCAGCCAGGACAGCAAAUGUCUCAUUACAUAGAAAGCUUACAACAAGCACCCUUUUGAGAGAGAAAAAUAUUUAAAAACAAACCAAAAUCUCCCAUUUUAAAAGCAACAAACUUUUUAUUAAUUGUAAAAAGGGCACAACAUAUAGGAAAUAAGAAACUCAAACAUAAAUCAUUUGGUUAAUUCUUCAUUAUAACCAUGUUUUUUUUUCAGUGUAGUAAUGAAGUUCUGAAUCCUUUAUUUCCACUGAUAUCAUAAAGUACCACACUGUUGUUAUUAGGUUAAUAAUUUGGUUAGUAACACUAAUAAAAUCCUCUGUUAUAAAUUGCAUAAGUUAUACAAUAUAAAAAUAAUCCUCUGAGUGCAUAGAAAGAUGCCAGCAACUGUGCAGUAUAAUCAACAGACUUGUAAUAUGUUAAUUAAUACUAUGGCUAAUCAAUAGAGCAUGUCAAUUUGUUUACCCACAUACUAGAUACCUGUGGAUGCCUGUGGAUAUCUGCUUCUCAAUGAAAAGCCCAAAGGCAUUUCAGCCAUGAUCCAGCAGUCUGGGGCACACCCACUGACUUCAUAUUGGAUUGUGGCCUUCCUCUUCUAAGAACCUUGUUCCCAAGUCUUCUAGCACAAAAGCACAUUUCCCUUCAAGCACUUCCAGAGAAGCUGACGGUGUGUGUUGAUUUUAGGCACACACUUAAAAUCAAAAGGGGAUGGGGAGAAUUGCCACCUUAAAUAUGUUGUGCAAAUCCUGACCUGGCACCUGUCAGAAAAUUUGGAUACACUGGAACACGGUCCGUGGCAAUAUUUUCAUUUAUCUCAAUGCAUUAAUUUUAUGGCAAGACUGAAUAAACCCUAACAAGGAGUCACAGCAAUAUAAUAUGCUGCCAAUGGCUUUGUCUCCAGCACUUGGGUCAGGGGGCACAUUUGGAAUUUUUAGAAAGUGACAUGGGUACUAGUUGCAACAUGAUCGCCGUGGGAAAGUGGCAUAACACCAAGUGGCUGUUGCAUCAAAAAGGGCAUAACAAGUUUGGACCACAAAAUGUUGCAGGGAUGCCCCCUGCUCCAUCUCCCCCAUCAGUGGCUCCUAUAUCAGCCACCUCACUCACAGAAUGAGCCACUCCUCUGUUCAGAAUUGAAGAAAGGCGGGGUGUCCAAUCUUGGAACUGGGUGAAAUGUGGACAUGCUUAAGGGGGCGAUGUUUAAAUAUAGGACAGGCUGAUUCGGUGCAAAUAGGGAACUGAGCAGGAAGAGCAAACAGUCUUUCAUGCAUUGUGGAUUUUUGAGGGAAUAUUUACUGAGAACUUUUGGGGACCCAUAGGAGGUGUUGGCAGGUACAGUGGGGCCCACUAGUGCCACACUGGCAGCCUCUGACUUCGGCUGUACCACAAAAACAAUGUGUUGCCACAGUGCUCCAUUGAAAGUAAGCAUUUUCUAAACCCUGUGCUAAUGUUUUAAGGCCUACAGGAAUUCAAAAUUCACAUUCCAGGUGGCAUUGGCCAUGUCAGUGCAUUAAGCCUUGGAUCAGGCAGAGGGAUAUCUUAGCUCUCUACAAUUAGGCAAUGAAAUGACUCAUGACAACCAAAAGCUUGCUUGCACUGUAAAGUUUCAGUGAGUCUUACGCUGGAAUUGUUACCUUGAGGUGGCACUGUGCGAGCAUGUUAGACCCAUGCUAACUAUCCUGGAUUGUCACAAAAGACUUUGUUUCCUCUGUGGAGCUGUGACCCGCGGUCACCAGGGAUAAUGAGCCUAAAGAGCUGAGUCUGGGUUUCUUGGCUCCUGCAAGGAGCCAAUGACUCAAUUUGGCCACUGUUUAAAGGGAUAAAGAAAUUCAGAGGGCUGUCCUCAGCAUAAGGUAGCUUAAAUUUGUUAGCUAUUAAACAGUUAAAUGUUUUAGUCAAAUAACUGCUUUACCUGUCGGUUAUAAAUGCACUGAAAUAUUAUGGUAUCUACCCAGGCAUUUAGUGACAGUAAUAGUUUUGCUUGGAAUAAUUCAGGCAAACCAUGUAUUGUUUAGGCCUGGGUCUCUUGGAAAACUCAUACCACCACCUUCCCCCAGGCCCCACCUUUCUCUGGACCCUUGCUUGCUAUAAUGUCUCCUUGAACUGUGCUUCUGCAUUCAUUGCACCACCCACUUUUGCCCCUGGCUCCUCCCACCAUUGGUAUGUGGCUCCCACAGAAGGGAUUAUGGCCCUCAGGCUGAAAAAAGCUGCUUUCCAUUUGUGCAACCACUAGGUACAACCCAUUAAUCACAGUGAAGCUUUUAAGCCCUAGCUUAACUAGGACAUGUGACCAGUGUGGGCCACCGAAGCUGAAUGACAUUAAAUUCCUUUGUCAAAAGAUCUGAGUUAAGGAGAUGAAAAAUAUAGCGUUUGAAUAGUAAGCUACGGAUGAGUUAUCUUGGGAACUACAGGACUGAGGAAGGGGCUCAAUAUGCUGCUAGAUGCUCCGCUCACAGAGUUUGCCCCUGGCAAAUAAUGCAAAGCAAUAAUGACCCCCUUAGUGGCAUCAAUCUUUGCAUCCCGUUGCGAUAAAUGGGUCUCUUGGAAAAGCAAAAUAAGAUCCAGGUUUCUGGAAUUUGCAAGUGCACAGAACAGCACUUCUUUCCAGCCUAGCCCAGUUUAAAGCAUCUAAAAAGAGCAUGAAGGUCCAUCACACCACCGGUCAUCUGAAGGUAGCACAUCUACUCAAAGUUACACGAAGUAGGUGUGGCUUAGCCCUCCUCAACCCUAGUCUAUUUCCUACCUAACAUCUGAAGCUGUUGUCUUUCCUAGCUUCACCUCCAUGACUUUCCAUGUGUCUUUACUAACCUUCAUCUUCCGUUGUUUCCUGUGAUUCCCCCUCAAAAAACCCCGUUUUCUGUCCUUUGAUUCUUCUGUCUCCAGUUUUCCUCCUGCUUCCCUCUCUUUUCCAGUAGAUUUUUCUUUUCUUUUCCCUUUUUUCCCUCCAGUCGCUGCCAUCUAUUCACCUGGCUACUGCCAAUUUCCCUUUCCAGCCACAGCUUCCUGGCCUCAGCCACUUGUUCAUUCUCCCUGGCCACAGCCACUUGCUCUCCCUGGCCACAGCUGCUUGCUCUCCCAACCCUGCUGUUUAUUUUUUGUGGUCCCCAGCUGCCAAUGUCUGCCUUCCCCAGCCGCUGCAGUCUGUCUCUCCUCCAUGCCAAAGUUCACUUCAUCAGGUCACUUUAGUUUGUGCCAUUUCUUUAGUCCUGGCCACCUAAACAUCCUCCUCCAUUGGUUCUCAUCCUUUUCUACAGUGUCUUCUGAAGGGACCUGCUCUGUCAGAUCCUUUUGUAGUCCAUCGCUUUCCAUCAACCCCCCCAAAAGGUUUUGCAUCUUUGACAUGGAGAAGGGAAUAUUGGUUCCUUACCUGAAGGACACUUCUCUGAGAUGAAGUUCCAUCACAGCCUCCUCUCCCUAUCUAUAUGUUUCUGAGUAGCUACCGAAUCCAUGGAAGGGUUUCUCUGUGUUUGCUUCAAUCAUCUUGCUUGCAUUCUUCCAAUAUAUUCCUCCAGUAUUUUCAGUUAAGACCAUUUAUAUGCACUCUCCUGUUAUUUUCUUGAAGAAGCAGUUUGUAGCAGCUUGUCCUCUGUGCAUUUUUCUUCUCUGAGCUUGAGGACUAUGGCACACCUACUACUUGCAAUUCUGUGCAUUUCUGGCGUUUGGAUAACCAGUGGCGCUACAAUCCACGUGAUGGACCUUCAUUCCAGAAAAAUGACCUUUCCCUCUAGAGCACAUCUGGUGGAGGGGAGUGGGGAAAGUCCCAUUCAGCAAGUGGAAGUUGCUGAAUACCACCCAUUCCAAGUGCAUUACUGUGGGCAUAAAUUUCCCUUCAAAGCUGCUCGUAAUUCUGUAAUAUCGGUCAGGGCUGUUGCUUAGAAAGCCAUGGCUCGAAGCUAGGGUUACAGAGCACAUGAGCGUUUGCCCCAAUCUGAAGCUUAGGAGCCUGACAUGGGGGCACUGAAAUCAGCAGCUGAAUAUUUUUCUGUUAAUUAAUUCAUCUAGCUGGGUAGUCCAACCAAUUUGAAGCACAUACUCAUUGUGCUGCAGUUAGAGUAACUGAGAUCCCUUCACUAGUACACAUAAUCCUAAAACUAGGUAUAUUAUAUUUUAUUCAAAAAUGUUAUGUUCCAUGCUUUUCCAGACUCUUUAAUUCUAGAACUUGACAGCAGACUAUUUAUACAGAAAGUGAACUAGCAAGAAGAUGAAAAGCUGGACAUGCCUAUAUGAGAUGCAAGCAAGUCUGUCAGAAAUGCAUAGAAAUGCCAAGAUUUCCUUACUAAUUUAUCUUGGUAUUAAAAAUAAUUUCUGCUAUUUAAAAUGCUACAAGAUUACUUUCCUUUAAAUAGUUAAUAGUUUCAAGAUCAGAGGAUAAUUAGGAUAAGAGGCUAAGGGGGGUUGUGCUCGUUUCAUGUGUGGCAUCAGGCUCUGGAGUGAAGUUGCAUUCUUAAUAAUCCUUCUGGAAGCCUCUCCAAUAAUAAUAAUAAUAAUAAUAAUAAUAUCCCCAGCCAUCACCAGAUACUACCAGCCAUUCUGUAUUGUUUACUGGCAAGCAAUAAUGAGUUAGACACACACCCUAACGGUUUCGGUCAACAUAUUUACAGCUUGGGUUAACACGGUAAAUAUGUUCAAAUAUUUGACCUGAGCACCAUCUUGAAGAAAUCACAGCUGAUUUAGCCACUUGGUGACGGUUUUAACUCAGCCAAAUAAAGUGUCAGAAGUCUUAAGCCUUCCUCCCCAAAGGAAUGGGCAUCUGGACCUGACUGGUCCAGUCUCCCAGGCCACAACGUACCACUGGGAGAUGGGAUGGGGAGGAGAGUCGUUCCCUGCUUGUCAGUUCCAAACUGUACAGACCUCUCCCCUUGUGGAAGCUUACAGGUGGUGUCAGGGGUUCAGGAGCAGAGGCACAGGAAAGGGAGGAAAUAGAGAGCGAGGGGGAGGAGUCCGAAGGAAAUGUUAGCGAUGACAGCGGUCCGAGGUCUCUGAGUCUUUCCAGCGAAUCGGAAGAUUCACAGAAAGGGGCUCCCUUGGUCAGAGCAAGGGGGGUUCCGAGGGUGACACCCCAGGAAGAAGGGGCCAGAGGGGACUCAGAGAGCAGCAGUUGGACAUCAGGACCAGCGUCCACACCAGAGUGCAGGAGGGGGGGAGUCCCAGGCAUCGGGAUCAGGCGGCGCACUGCCAGUGGGAGGACAUGAGUCAGGAUUGGCCACGCCUCCAUCGGGGAGCGAGGAAACGGUCGAGAGGAAGGUUGAAGGCUGGGCGCGCGCGCAAAGUUCAAAUGUACAGGAGGGCGGCGCAGUUGGCAGCCCGGAUAGGGAGCCAGGUCCCAAAGCCCGCCGAAAGAGGGGAGGAGUCAGGGGGUCAGCGUCAGAAGAAUCCAGGAAGGAAGGGACCCCGGGGGGUAGCAGGACCCAGAGGAGAAAGGAGAGACGUAAGAGGUGGAGUAAGGCUAGAAUCUUAAACUGGUGUACAGGGGCGGAGACUCAGAUGGAGCUUCGCCGAUCUAACCCCUAGACGUAGAGCUGGGGCGCUCCGGCUUGAAAAUGGAAACUGUACUUCAAUAAAGACUUUUGUACAUUACUGCCGGCUAGCGUUGGUCCUCUGUGAGCUGGGACCUGGAGCCAGCUCUGACAGUAAGCUCCAUCUCCAAAAGUUUUGCACCAAAAACCUCGUAACGUGAGUGGACGCAGCGAGGAAGAAGAUUGGUGCUUCGCGAGCUCACAAAAGUCAGGCAAGAUGACUACAGAACAGCAACUAGCAGCCCUGCAAAAUGCAGUGACACAACUCAACGCGGAGGUACUCGCAUCCAGGAAAAGGGAAGAGGAAGCGGCUGCCGCCUGCAGGGAUCUCCAAGCCAGGUUGGAAGUGCUUGCUAAGCAGGGGCAACCGGGACCCAAAUCAGAGGGGAUUGGGCUGGGGAAAAGAGGAGGCAGCCUGGUAUCUCAUUUCGAUGGGAAUUUGCAGCAGUACCCUAACUUCCGAGCAGACGUGCUGUUUGCGCUGGAACUGCUGGAUAAAGACUUUAGAGAUGAGCAAGAGAAGGUGGGGUUUAUCUUGUCCCAUUUGCAUGGGGAAGCUAAAGCGUGGCUGCGCAAUCUGUGGAGAGAUAAGGAUCCGGCGCUCCAAAAUGCGGAUGCAUUCAUUAAAGCGAUGGAUUCGUGUUUUUAUCAAAUAUAGACAUUGAUAUCGCCAGAAAAAGACAUACAUGGGCUCAAACAAGGCAGAGCCAGUGUAAGGCAGUACCAUUCCCGCUUUUGCAUUAGUCCAUGCGCUGGGAUGGGAGAAGGAUUCUGCCCCAGCCAGAGACCUUUUUGGGAAGGCUUGAAUGCAAAUGUGAAAGAUGAGAUUGCAAGGGGGGAGAGACCAAAGAGCACUCAGGAGGUUGUCCGGCGGGCGCUGCAAAUUGGGGUGCGUCUGGAAGAACGUCCAUGGAACAGAGAAGAAGGACGUUGGGGACGUACGCCAGUGAGAGCACCUCCCCUCUUUCCCAGGGAUGCAGCGCGUGUGCAAUCCCCACCUCCGCAAGGAGGGAGAGAGCAACCGAUGGAGAUUGGAGGCGCCAGGGCUCAGUCAGCAACCAGAGCCUUAACACCGGGAGCAGUCAAAGCGAAGCCUCCUAGAGGGAACAGGAAGUGCUACAUCUGCGACAGUGCUCAGCACAUGGCGAAAGAGUGUCCCCAGAGGCUCCACAAGCACACUGCAGCCUCAGCAACAGUAACAGAAGCAACUCAGCAGAGAGAACCACAGCAGGGAAACGACAGAGUCUGGUUGGAGGAAGAGGCACUGGGGCCCAACCAGACAAGUCAAUGAAGCCGUCCCCAGAGAUUUUGCAGCCCACAGACCCCCUCCCGCCCAAACCAGUGGUGCAGCUCACAGCAUCGCUCCAACUACCCACUGGACUCACUAUGGAAGUGCCGAUUACCAUUGACUCUGGUAGUAACGCAGACUUCAUAGGACUGGAUUUCCUUCAAGAGCACAACAUAGCACUCCUGCCAGCCACGCUGCCUCUGAAAGUUGUCACGGUGGAUGGCAGGGAAUUGCUGGGGGCAGGUGGUGCAGCAAACGCCUCCGAUGGUGAUGCAAAUUGGGAAUCACCGAGAAGUCAUCAGCUUCAAUGUCACCCAACUGUCGGACACGCCUAUAGUAUUAGGCAUGAGUUGGCUGCACAGGCACAGCCCAGCAUUGGCGUGGUACCAGCGACAACUGACCUUCGGCUCCUCAUACUGUGCGGAACAUUGCAUUCUGCCCUAGCCCGGAAGGGGAAGAGGAUGACCCGCAGCUACAAUUAGGCACACUGCAAGCAGUGCCACUCAAGUACGCAGCGUUUUGGAGGUUUUCUGCGAGAAGGAAGCGGACAAGCUACCUCCCCACAGGUCUUAUGACUGCAAGAUUGACCUCCUGCCAGGGCGACGCUGCCAACCGGGAAACUGUAUUCCAUGUCUGAAGACGAGCUGCAGGAACUCAGGGAGUUCAUAGACCUCAACUUGAAGCGCGGUUUCAUCCAGGAGUCGAAGGCAGUGGGGGGGGGCAGUCCUGUAUUCUUUGUGAAGAAGAAGGACACGCCCCAAAAAAGGCUUGUGGUGGACUAUAGAAUUUUGAACUCGAAAACCAAGCCCACAGCCUUUCCCAUGCCCAAGAUAGAUGACCUGCUCGCAACGGUGAGGAAAGGACGCGUUUUCACAAAGUUGGAUCUGCGAGGGCGUACAACCUGAUUCGCAUACGGGAGGGCGACGAAUGGAAGACUGCCAUGUUCACGCCCCUGGGCACCUAUGAAUACAGAGUUAUGCCCUUUGGAUUACAAAAUGGCUCCCACUGUUUUCAAGCCUUCAUGCAUCACGUAUUGGCGGGUCUCCUCUACAAGAAAUGCGUCUGCUUUCUGGACGACAUCCUGAUAUUUUCAGAAUCAGAGGAGACCCACGAGGGAGACGUCAAGGAAGUUCUGCAGAGACUGCAGGAGCACAGGCUGUACGCCAAGCUGGAGAAGUGCCAGUUCGACAUGAAGGAGGUAGAUUUCCUGGGCUACAAGUUGUCGGACAAGGGGCUCGCCAUGGACAGCGCCAAGGUUCGCUCAGUGUUGGACUGGAAGAGCCCGCGCAAUCGGAAGGAGGUCCAGCGGUUUGUCGGUUUCGCCAACUUUUACCGCAAGUUCAUCAAGGGGUUCGCGAUGCAGACGGCGGCCAUUACCGACACGCUCAGCUCCAAGAAGAAGAAGUUCAUCUGGACGGAGCAAGCGGAGCAGUCCUUUCAGAAACUCAAGCGUCUCUUCUCGUCCGAAGAGCAGCUACUGCAUGUGAAUCCCAGCAGACCGAUGAGGGUUGAAACGGACGCCUCAGACAGAGCCGUGGGAGCAGUACUGUUGCAGCAAGACCCGCAUGGGGACUGGAGACCGUGUGCCUUCUACUCCAGGAAGCUCAGCAAGUCAGAGCAGAACUACACCAUCUGGGACAGGGAGUUGCUGGCCAUUCAUGCAGCAUUCAAGGCGUGGCGGCACUUCCUCAUUGGAGCCAAACACACAGUGCAGGUCCGCACGGACCAUAAAAACCUGGAGUACUGGCGCACGGCAAGGUUCCUGAACCAGAGGCACAUACGAUGGGCGGAGUUCUUUGCGGAUUUCGACUUCAGGAUAGAGUACAUCCCAGGCGACAACAACAUCAUGGCGGAUGCACUGUCCAGAAAGCCGCAAUACCUCGAGGAGGCGGCACCAGCAGCGGCCAAGCACAUUUCGCACCGAAAGCGUGGGCGUGCGCUUCAGCAACCGUGGACCUGGAUGCUGUACGUCGAGCACUGCAGGCGGACCCCUUCGCGCAAGCAAAGAUGGCAGAGGUGCAAAGGGGCACGGCGGAGGACGACGAGUUCCAGAUACGCGACGGAUUGCUCAUCCGCAGAGGGGCCCUCUACGUACCGGGAGACGACCUCCGCGCGAAAGUACUGCAGCAGUUGCACGACGCACCCACCGCCGGGCACUUUGGCAAAGAGAAGACGGUAGAAUUAGUAGCCAGAGAUUUUGGUGGCCCAAGAUGCGGGGGGGAAGUCGCGGAUUACGUCUCGAGGUGCGACACCUGCCAAAGGGCCAAGUCAGUGCACAAACCGCCGGCGGGACUGCUCGAACCGCUGCAGACACCGCUCGAACCGUGGGAAAGGGUGGCCCUGGACUUUGUCACGGAUCUACCCAGCUCGAGGGGCAAGACGGCAGUGCUAGUGGUGGUGGACAUGUUCACCAAAAUGGCCCACUUCAUUCCGUGCGCGAAGGUGGCCACGGCGGAACAGACCGCCAAACUGUUCAUAGACCACGUGUUCCGGGUUCACGGUCUGCCACGGUCUAUCCUGUCCGACCGGGGGGCGACAGUUCAUCUCGAACUUCUGGCAGAAGCUGAUGGGUUUCCUGAACGUCAAGAUCAACCUAGCGUCGGCGAGACACCCGCAGACGAACGGACAAGCGGAGCGAGUCAACGCCAUCAUGCAGCAGUACCUGCGAUGCUACGCAAAUCAGCAGCCGGCAACAUGGGUGGACUACCUGCCGCUCGCUGAGUUCGCCUACAACAACACGAAGCACGUGUCCAGGGGUGUUACACCUUUAUUCGCCAACAACGGGAGGCAUCACAGUACCUUCCCGGGUUUAGCGAGAGCGUGGGAGGGGUAGCCACAGGCAGCGGAAGCCUUAGCAUCAGAGUUGCAGGAGGUUCACGAACAGCUUCGGAGGCAGUUAGAACUAGCAAAGCACGCAUACAAACUGCAGGCUGACAAGCACAGAAGGGUUGGGGAAGACAUACAGGUGGGAGACUGGGUUUGGUUAGCAGCCCAGGCAGUGCCGGCCAGAUCGUUAGCGAAGAAGAAGCUAGGGCAUAAGCAGCUAGGACCCUACCAAGUCGAGGCACAGGUCAAUCCAGUGGCCUUCCGGUUGACACUGCCGGAGGGAUCCAGAAUGCACCCAGUUUUCCAUAGAUCAGUGCUCACGCCCUACAAAGCACCUCAUAGAUUUCAGGAGCCAGGAACGGCACCAGACCCGUUCAGGGAAACGCCCACAAGGGGGGGGGUCGCCAAGGCGGGAACCCGUCAACGAAGUCACCGAGAUUUUCGACGCGAGAUGGGGGGGAGGUGGGAGUGGAAUACCUCCUCGCCAAGGAAGGGACCCCGGCUAGCGCCAACAGUUGGGUGCCAGAUUAUGCUCUGGAGGAAUCUUGGCUUAAGGACGAGUUCCAUGCACUUUUCCCACACAGGCCCAUGCCAGCCGCGUAUUUCGACGACUGGCUUUUCACACCCACAUUUUCAGCUAGCACAUUCCAGGGGUUCACCUCGGACGAGGAACCGGCACUAGAAACACGUUCCCCGGAGGGAUCACCCUCGGGGUCUGCCUCAGACCGUUCCUAUUGGUGGGACAAUCAACCAGAGGAGCAGUGGCGCAGGAAGUGGUUGGGGGGUCCUUGGCAGGCAACGUCCCCGGAGGAGACCGGGGAGAGACGGACAUGGACGUGUUGGGGAGGACCUUGGGUUCGAGCACGGCGGCAAAGAGAUGGAAGCAGAGGAAAUUGAGGUCGGCGAGAGCACGGAGGACGAGCCGGACUUAUCCGGCUGGAUGCACGCCGCGGGGGACGUACUGUCUCCGGCACUCACCCCCGCAACGACGGAGCACCCAGUCCCCACACCUGAAGGAGGGGAGGGGGGAGGGGGGCUUCGAGGGGGAUGGAUGUCAGGGGUUCAGGAGCAGAGGCACAGGAAAGGGAGGAAAUAGAGAGCGAGGGGGGGGAGUCCGAAGGAAAUGUUAGCGAUGACAGCGGUCCGAGGUCUCUGAGUCUUUCCAGCGAAUCGGAAGAUUCACAGAAAGGGGCUCCCUUGGUCAGAGCAAGGGGGUGCCGAGGGGACACCCCAGGAAGAAGGGGCCAGAGGGGACUCAGAGAGCAGCAGUUGGAAAUCAGGACCAGCGUCCACACCAGAGUGCAGUAGGGGGGGAGGAGUCCCAGGCAUCGGGAUCAGGCGGCGCACUGCCAGUGGGAGGACAUGAGUCAGGAUUGGCCACGCCUCCAUCGGGGAGCGAGGAACCGGUCGAGAGGAAGGUUGAAGGCUGGGCGCGCGCGCCAAGUUCAAAUGUACAGGAGGGCGGCGCAGUUGGCAGCCCGGAUAGAGAGCCAGGUCCCAAAGCCCGCCGAAAAGAGGGGGAGGAGUCAGGGGGGUCAGCGUCAGAAGAAUCCAGGAAGGAAGGGACCCCGGGGGGUAGCAGGACCCAGAGGAGAAAGGAGAGACGUAAGAGGUGGAGUAAGGCUAGAAUCUUAAACUGGUGUACAAGGGCGGAGACUCAGAUGGAGCUUCGCCGAUCUAACCCCUAGACGUAGAGCUGGGGCGCUCCGGCUUGAAAAUGGAAACUGUACUUCAAUAAAGACUUUUGUACAUUACUGCCGGCUAGCGUUGGUCCUCUGUGAGCUGGGACCUGGAGCCAGCUCUGACAGGUGGCUUGUCCCAUUAGUAGCAGUGAGGCUAGGGGGACCAUCUCAGGCUACCGUUCUGCCUCUAACAACCCUGACAUUCCUCGUGACAUGCGUAAGUGGUGA